GGUCCUGGGAGCUAGACGGGAGGCGGAGCGGAGGCGGGGCCUGGGUAUGGUGGAGGCUCUGGUGGGUAGCUGGGUUCAGACCAGGGGGACUACGGGUCGGCGUUGGGCUCAGUGGGCUCGAACAAAGGACGGUCCGGUAGGGCCUCGGCGCGGCGUCUGCUGACGGGUAGCUGAGCUUCUCAGUUGACGGGUAGUUCGAGGCUUCUCGGCCACCCAGUGCCUCCGCCGCGCGGUCUCAGGCGGCUUCUCGGUUCCCCGCAGCCAGCGCCGCGGUGGGGGCCCGGCCCAGCGGCACCUGCUGCCGAGGGACCCCCGCGCCCGCCAGGUGCUCAUGAUGGGGCUCAUCUUCGCUAAACUAUGGAGCCUCUUCUGUAACCAAGAACACAAAGUCAUUAUAGUGGGGCUGGAUAAUGCAGGGAAGACCACCAUUCUUUAUCAGUUCUUAAUGAAUGAAGUGGUUCAUACAUCUCCAACCAUAGGAAGCAAUGUGGAAGAAAUAGUUGUGAAGAACACUCAUUUUCUUAUGUGGGAUAUUGGUGGUCAAGAGUCACUGCGGUCAUCCUGGAACACGUAUUACUCAAACACGGAGUUCAUCAUUCUGGUUGUUGAUAGCAUUGACAGGGAACGACUAGCUAUUACGAAAGAAGAAUUAUACAGAAUGUUGGCUCAUGAGGAUUUACGGAAGGCCGGAGUUCUUAUCUUUGCAAAUAAACAGGAUAUGAAAGGGUGUAUGACAGCAGCUGAAAUCUCCAAAUACCUCACCCUUAGUUCGAUUAAGGAUCAUCCGUGGCACAUUCAGUCUUGCUGUGCCUUAACAGGAGAAGGGUUAUGCCAAGGUCUAGAGUGGAUGACCUCCCGGAUUGGUGUGAGAUAACUCUUUUACCCGAAAGAGACUCCUCUAUUUAUUCUGUGACAUGAACAUUUUUUCCUAGUACCUUUGGCUGCUAAGGCAGCAGCAUGUUUAAUUUAUAACAACACAAACCUCUAUGAGCAACACUUGAAUCAAGUGCAGCUGAACUGGAACAUAAAAGAUUUUUUCUUAACUUUUUUUAAUGCACUAAUCUUCAGUUGGAUGAACAUUAUGUAUAAUUGUUUUCAGCACCAGAAUUCUUCUGACUGCUUCUUUAAUUAUUCAGUGACUGCCGUGGAAGAAAUGUUUGUCAUAUGUUUAAUGUUUGCUGAAGUAUUGUAAUAACUUUAAUGACCAAUUUCUUUCACUUCUUGAUCAUCUCCUUCUCCCACCGGAUAAUUAACUGGUUUGACAAUGUAGUAGUGAUCAUCAGGUACUGCUUGCAAACUUAACCAGCACUAAAGAUUUGCUUCCCAUAGAAACCACAUAUCUUUUGGACAGAACUUAUUAUAAAGAAAUCUGCCUAGAAGAUAUAUGUAAGGAAGACUAACAGAACUGCCUGUAAGUGAGUUAACUUCCCCCAUUGUUGCAAGUCAUGGAGUAAUUUUAAGUUACUAUUAGCACAGAAAUCAAGUAGGCUAUUUAUCUAAAAGAAUUAAAUUCACUUUUCUGCCUACAACUUGGGAUUAGUUUUGGUUAAAAACUAAUCAAGGUGAAAUAUUGAUUUGAAAGCCCCACUUUGAUAGUAAAUAUUUUGGGUAAAUCUGGUAUUUUAAGAAUGUCGCAUUAUUCAAUGCAUAUAAUAACUUUCGAAGUUACUGAAGCAUACCCGCACUAAUACUAAAACAAGACACUUGGAGUAUAUUUUACUAUCAGUUUCAGACAUCUUUAUCAGCAAAGUAUUCAAGUAUUCCAUUUGCAAGGACAUUGCAUCUAAAGUUUUGGGUAAUAGCUAAUGCAGAAGUGUAAACAGUUCAUUUUAUUUCUUAAAAUUGGAAAUUGUGUCUAUAAUAGUAUUUCUACCACCAGCAGUAUGUUACUUAAAAAACCACGUGGCUUUCCUUGAAUCUGUCUGAGGUUGUAGUGUAAUAGGCUUGAAACAAUUGCCAUCUUUGUGGUUAUGCCUCUUGUUCUAAAAUCUUUCGCUGGAUUAUAGGAAACUACUGAAUUUGAUCCUACCAUUUAGAAUAUUACUGUAAGACUCAAAGUUAAUACACUAACAACUUAAAAAGUAGGAAGAAAAAGUCAUAAUCUAUCAAGAGUUUAUUUAUUAGGUAGCACUAAAAAGUUUUCAAGGCAUUGUCUAAUAUGAAAACAGUGAACACCUUAAGAGGGAGGACAAGUAUUGUAAUUUUGAUCCUCUUUGUUUCAAAUGUGUGAUUUUGCUAUAAUGAAAGGGAUAAAAUGCUUGCUUAGAGAAUAAUACUUCAUUUUUUGUAGUAUUUGUUUUCAUUUGGGUCAAAAAUAGGAUUCAGUGUUCAUAAGAACAUCAAAACAUCUGUUCAAAAAUGGAAUUUUAAUUUUAAUAUUUUUUUAUUGUAAGUUGGUUUAAAUUUUGCUCUGUUUUCAGGUAUAGUUGAUUUAUUAUAUUUAGUCUCAUUAAUUUAGUUGAGCGUGGUAACACUUUUCUGAUUUCUCUUUAGUGGUAGACACCCUAGAACUGAGAAAUAGCCGGAGGAAAGCUUUCUGGAUUUGGGGAACUAGUUGUUUAUUAACCUUGUUUUGAACCUUUUUCUUAGUGAUUCUGUACCAGGUAGAGGAUAAAUUUUGUUUUUAUUUAACCCAUAAUCAAGGACAUGAGAGAAAAGCAGACAUAAACCAAUAUGGAUGCUUUGUGGUGUGUAUGUGGUGGUGGUGGGGUCGGGGAGGUGGGAGGAAUUAGGAAAAUAUCAUUUACCUAAAGCACACUUUGCUGGAAUUUCUAUCUUGGUUUUAUAGUUUAGCUAUAAAUACUGAGGGUAAUUUGCUUAACUCUGUCCUGAGAAAAAGUGUAUUGGAUACUCCUGUAUUCGUUCUUAUUAUGAAAUUUGUAUCUUGUAUCUAGUAAGAUGGGCUGGCUCAAUUUUCUUCUAUCAAAUUAUAUGGUUAUUUUUUAUAUUACCACAUCAGCAUUAUAUUAAAAGUGUUUUUAAUAGUUGAUUGUAUUUUAUCAAACAACUAGUAUGGACUCAAGUUUUCUAUUUAAUUUUUAAAACAAUUUAUUUUAUUUUCUAAAUCCUUUUUUAAACACAUUUUGUUAGUUUUCGGUUAGAAAUGAUUUAUGUAAGCUGUGUGUUGAAGAUGAAAUUGGCAUUCAGCUAGAUUUUGUGCCAACAAUUGAGAGAGGUUCAAUUAGGAAAUUCAUGUAAGAAUUUUUAAAAGUAUUUUAUAGGUUCUCAUUAGAUAUUUCCUGUUACAGUAGUGUAAAAACUGAUUAUCCUUUACUCCAAGAGAAUGUUUUGACCCAAGCAGGUAUCUAAUACUAAAGCAUCAAUUCUGACAUUCAUUGUAAUAAGAUACUGUCUGAUAGAAAAAUGUAAAUUUGUGAUUAGUGCCUUUAUUCAUGUUUUGAAUGAGUUCUCAAUUUUGUACUAUACCUGUUCUUUAGAAAUCAGAUUAGCGGCCAAUUAAUUUAACAAGGACAUAAUUCCAGUUUCACCCUCUCCGUCAGCCCUUCAGUUGCCUAGCAAAGUUUCUAGUAAGUAGUGAAAAGCAAGGGACUCACUCACAUUGCUUUCAGGAAAUUAUUCUACAUUUUGUUUUAAUUUGAGGAUGAGGAAACGAAAUUUUAACAAAUCUUUUCAAUAUGUUAUUAUAACUGAAAUGUAAUCUCUACUCUUGUAAGUUCAAAUAUGACAUUUUUCUUAAUUUUGAACAUGUUACAUUCUUCAUAUUUAAACCCAUUGUUCUUGAAGCCCAUUCGAGAACUCUUUUAGAAUUAACGGCCUCUUUUAUAUGGGAACAUACUGCAUCUUUUGUACUGUUAGUGUAAUCUAAUUCCUCAAAAUCUGACAUAGCAUGUACAUAAUCUAUUGAAAAACUGAUGAUUAAAUAUAUAAUUUUUGCUUUUAGGUUCUGUGUUAGUAUGCUUAAAGGUAUAACUUUAUUCUAUAUUCAUUAGAAGUAAAAUAAUAAAUUCGAGUUUCAUUGUUAAAAAUAAUUUUUAAAUGGGUGGCGCCCCUAUAGUGAUAGCCAUUUUGAUUAAUAAUAAAUUAGUUUUCAUUAUCUAUAGCAUAAAGAGAAAAUAAUUAUUUUCCUGUGGAAACAAUGAGUGAUAUAGGCAGUGCUCUAAACAGCAUUCUCUGAAGAGUUAUGGGGAAUCACAAAGCAAAGAAAAUUUUAAAGAAAACAGUGAAAGCUUUAUUUUUUAAAAGAAAUCUUUUUGGUGUAGUAUCUUAGGAUGAAUUAUAAACAGAAUUGUUUCUGACUAGCACUCAUUUAAUUCUUAACUAUCUAAAACCAUAUCGUUAGAAAAAAAUGCACUGUUAUUCUGCCUAUAGAUGGACAAAUUCCAUUGACCUUUCUCUUUUAAGAUCAACAUUAUGAAUCUAAUUUUUCAUUUAUGUCUUUAGAGCCAACAUUUCACAUCCAGUUCAGUUCUGAAGGAUCUUUUCUGUUUUGCCAGGGUUCAGUCACUUCAACAUACAGCUGGUAACUUGUGUCUGGUAGGAUAUUGUGGUGACUGUCUGAAGAAGUGCAUUUGAAUCUUAAUUUGGCUAUUUGUCUAGUUGACUUUAGAUAAUUACUGUCCGUGGCCUUCCUGUUUUUUCCCAAAUGAGGAACUUAAACAAACUAGAAUUCUAACCUGUCUUUUGGUUUUAAAAUUCUGAGUCCUUAUACGCUAUGUUAAAAUUGAAAAACCAAAAAUAUACUAGCAAACACGUAAUAUUAAAUUCAUUUUUAUCUCUUUGAUUCUCACCUGAUUAUCAUUUCAUUUACAUGAAUACAAUCAAAUGAAACAAAAUAUCAGCUAGUGACUGCUACUCAGCUUAAAUUGAACUAAUAGCUAAUGGCACUGCAAAAGAGAAAAUAAGCCAUAUUGCUAAGAAAAUAUAUUGAGCUACUUAUAUAACACCAGCGUGUGUUGGAAAUACUCUCUUCUAGAGAAUACGUUGCUCAUUUUCCUGGCUUUUACUAGCUAGAAGUGGUUAGUUUGUUCAGAGUUUAUUGGCUUCAGAUGGCACCCUGAACUCCAGUUGUGUUUGACUUUCCAGUGUUGAAGCGAUAGUGCAGCCAGGAGUCAAUAUUUUACAAAUGUCUCUAUAAAGCUGAGAGUAGUUCAUAUUCAAGGUUAAUUUUUUUGGUACUGUCUCAUCCUUAUUCAUUUAACAUUCCUGUGAGGACUGAAAUCCAAAAGUCAGGUUCCCCAGAAGUAUUUUUUAAGAGUUCCAGGUGGCCAAGGCUAAAUAGAGAAGGCCAGUAAAAAAAAAUAUUUUCAACUCCUCCGUUUUAAAUUUAAAGUAGAAAACAAUGUGUUCAACAAACCUAACCCAUCUAUAAAUGUAUAUGGUUUGGUAAAAUAUUUGCGAAAUGUUAAUUUGGAGGUAUAGAGGCAUAACUAGAAACAAGUCAAAACACUUGAUAAUAAACGUGGGAUAGAAAAAUCUUCAAAAAGAUAUUAAGAGAAAAUUUGAAUGAAAACAGUGAAUUUCUACCAUUUAAGGCACUUAAAAUUCCUAGAAAAUACAAUCUUUUACUGUACAACCAGAUGGCCUGUAUUAUUUUUAAUGUGGCCAAAGGACUGAAGACUGAUCAGGUUUUUAGAAUUUGAGAGUGUAGUCACAUAGAGGCAUCUUUUAUAUUUUUUUAAACCUAUAAUCUACAUUUUCUCCUAGAAACGGAGAAGUAGUAAAAUGUGCCAUGCAUAUUUUUUGGAAUAGAAAACAGUUCUAGAAGAAUGGAAAUGUUCUCUUGCACAAACUUGUAAAAUUUUUUAAAAUUACCUCAUUUUUCAAUCCAUAAGGUGCUUUGCUGAAGUCUGUGGGAUGUUGCCCCAUCCCAUAAGUAGCCCCUUCACCCAAACUGCAGUUGAAAUAUGCACAAUUCACAGCUAAGGGAGAGCUUUCGUUGGGGAUUCUGAUUUGUUUUAUUCUUACUUAACACCAGCAGGGCUAAUGUGGUGUAGCAAUCCACAUAUUGUCUUCAUUGAAACACGUGGGCAAGGGCUCAGUCAGUAUUUAAUUAGUUUAAUUAAAAUCAAAUAAGGGAAAGGAAACCCUAAAAUUUGACUGAUUAUGUUAUACUGUGAAUAUAUGUCCAUCAGUGUUGGUAAGAUGUCAAAUGACUAUCAGUUGAUCUUGGCCAUGUCUAAUUUAUUUGCAUAUUUUAGCUCUAUUCAUAAGAGACUAUAAUCAUGUUAAUCUUCUUACAUUUCCCUCAGGAAAUUCAGGGACUAUUUUGUUCUCUUGGAGUAAACCGUUCAGUGUAGUUAUGAAAACUUUUAGUUUUGAUUAAAAAAAGAAUUAGCUGUUAUUUCAUUAAAAGCGUGAAAUGACGGUUAUGAUUUUUUCCAAUUAUAUAAUAGUUAUAAAUUUUAUCCUAGUCAUCUAUUGCACAGAGCAUGGUUUAAAAAAAACAAAAACCUGAAAGCAGUGACAGCCUUGCUCUUUCAUUUAUUCUAAUCGAAAUAUGAUAUUAUAAUCACACAUUGCCAUCUUAACAGAAAUUGGUGCUUUAGAGCAUUAAAGAGGAAACAGCAGGCCCUGUAUAAAACACUUCUUGCCUCAGAAUGUAAAACUACUUUAAACUGUCUGUAUUUAUAUUUAUGUUCGUUUCUUAAGGUUUAAACACAGACUGUUCUCCAUCAAGCUUCAGGCUUUCUGCAAAGCUGUACCAGUGUCUUAGCUAAUCAGCUUGGUCAAAUCGAAGAUGGAGUUAAUAAGGCGAAAAUUAUGAAUUGGAUCUCUCUGUGAGCCCCCUGGUGUUGUACAGAGAAAAAAAUGUUUUUCACACCACAAACUGUGCUUUUUAACCCCACCCAAGCAGCUGAAAUGUGUGCUAUUGGGCCAAUAUAUAAGCAUUAAUAAAGAAAAUUAAAACAGCAAAUAAAUUGAUGUGCGUUCACACCAUCACUUCUUGAAAAUGGUUCAAAGCAUGUUCUCUUAAUGGUGGGGUGGUUUAAAAACAUGUUUAAAAAUUUUUAAUAGCUUCGUUGCUGUCAUAAAAUGCUUCCUUUAUAUGUUAAGGUUAGAUUGCUGGUAAUCAUGUUUUUUUAUUUCUACAAUUAUGUUAUAAUGAGUUGCUUGCAUGCCUACUUACCCAAGUAAAAGGAUGCUGUUUGCUCUGGAAUGUUCAUCUUUUAGACAGAUUUUUGGCUCAUUUGCAAUCAUGGUGCAAUACAGUGUAAUGUUCAUUUGUUUUCAGUCAACAAGUUUUAUUUUUGUCAUAAUAAAUAAUUACUUUUCCAAUA